AUGCCCAUGAACGGAAGCUCAAGCCCCACCUCUCGGUGGAGAAGCCUUUUCAGCAAGGAUGGCAGCGCGGAGGGUCCUGCCAGCCCGCAGACACCGCACACACCGGGCGCCUUCCUGCGCCGCGACCUGCCCGGGCCAGCCACAGCUCCCUUCCCUGGCACCGAGCCGCUCCGGGGACUCGGGCCGAGCCCAUCUCCCUGCGGCAGCCGGGCCAAAGCGGGAGAGGGGCCGCACACCGGGGUGCCCAGCUCCGGCCGGGCACCGCCGGACACCCUGAGGGACACCCUGAGGGACCUCCCGGCUGCUCUGAGGGACACCCUGAGGAACCUGCCCAGCUCCGGCCGGGCACCGCCGGACAGCCUGAGGGACACCCUGAGGAACCUCCCGGCUGCCCUGACGGACACCCUGAGGGACCUCCCCGCUCCCGCCCGUCCUGACGGACACCCUGAGGAACCUCCCCGGUGCCCGCCCGUCCUGACGGACACCCUGAGGAACCUGCGCGGGCGGGCGGCCGGCAGCGCCUUCCAGGGCCGGCGGCUGGCCUGCGCCGCCGUGCUGCUGGCCGAGCUGCUGGAGCGAGUGGCCUUCUACGGCAUCACGUCCAACCUGGUGCUGUUCCUCAACGGGCCGCCCUACGGCUGGGAGGGCGCGCAGGCCAGCCAGGCGCUGCUGCUCUUCAUGGGCAUCACAUACCUGGUGUCGCCGUUCGGCGGCUGGCUGGCCGACGCGCUGCUGGGCAAGUUCGGCACCAUCCUGCUCAGCAUGGCGCUCUACCUGCUGGGCAUGCUGGCCUUCCCGGUCAUCGCCGCGCCGCACACGCGGCAGGGCCUCUGCGGGGACAUCCCGCUCUUCCCCGUGGAGAACUGCUCCUGGCCGGCCGCCAACGCCAGCCGGCCGCCCUGCUCGCAGCUGGGAGCCGCCCGCUACUGCGCCGCCGCCACCUUCGUGGGACUGGUCCUCGUGGGGCUGGGCGUCGGCUCGGUCAAGGCCAACAUCACCCCGUUCGGGGCCGACCAGGUCAAAGACCGGGGUCCAGAAGCCACAAGAAGGUUUUUUAACUGGUUUUAUUGGAGCAUUAAUUUGGGAGCUAUCCUGUCUCUGGGAGGCAUUGCCUACAUCCAGCAGAACGUGAGCUUUGUGAUCGGGUACAGCAUCCCAACAGUCUGCAUUGGCAUUUCCUUCAUGGUGUUCUUGUGUGGCCAGAGCUUCUUCAUCACCAAACCCCCCGAUGGCAGUGCCUUCACAGACAUGUUCAGAAUCCUCACAUACUCCUGCUGCUCCAAGAAGAGCCACGGGGAGCACUCAGCAAACAGUGAAGGCCAGGGAGUGCUGCACCCGCCUCGCAAGCAAAGCCUCUUCGAGAUGGCCAAGCUGUCUCGGGGGGGCCCCUUCAGAGAAGAUAAGGUGGAGGAUGUGAAAGCUCUUGUCAAGAUUAUCCCUGUCUUUCUGGCUUUAAUACCUUACUGGACAGUGUAUUUUCAAAUGCAGACGACGUAUGUGCUGCAGAGCCUGCAUCUGAAAAUCCCCGAGAUCUCCAACGACGCCACCUCCAUCCACACGUUCCCAGCAGCCUGGCUGACCAUGUUUGAUGCAGUGCUUAUCCUCAUCCUCAUACCCCUAAAAGACAAAGUGGUGGACCCCAUUUUGAAGAGGAAUGGCUUGCUGCCAUCCUCGCUGAAGAGGAUUGCAGUUGGAAUGUUCUUUGUGAUGUGCUCUGCCUUUGCUGCAGGAAUCCUGGAAAGCAACAGACUGAAAAUUGUCAAGGUUAAAACAAUUAACCAGACAAUUGGGAAUGUUACAUACCAUGCUGCAGAUUUGCCAAUCUGGUGGCAGAUCCCUCAAUAUGUGCUGAUUGGAUUCAGUGAAAUCUUCGCAAGUAUAGCAGGCCUAGAAUUUGCAUAUUCAGCUGCUCCCAAGUCCAUGCAGAGUGCCAUCAUGGGGCUGUUCUUUUUCUUCUCGGGCAUUGGCUCGUUUGUUGGCUCUGGAUUGUUGGCCCUGGUGUCUAUUAAAGAAAUUGGCUGGAUGAGUAAUCACACAGAUUUUGGCAAUAUUAAUGGCUGCCAAUUGAACUAUUACUUCUUCCUGCUGGCUGCUAUCCAGGGAGCCACCCUGCUGCUUUUCCUGAUCGUCUCUGUCAAGUACGAGCGCCACAAGGGCAGGGCGGGCGAGGCGGCUGCCAACGGGAGGCUGUGAGCCUGGCACUGGCACAGCCCGACACUGCCAGCAGCAGCAGCGAGGGCAGUGCCCAGCCAGCAGCCCUGCUGCCUGCAGGCACAGCUGGGCACUGCCAG